AUGGACCCGUUUCGGUGGGUUUCGUUAGCUUCACUCCUGCUACUGCUGCUAUUCGUUGUGGCCACGUGCCAAGGUCAACAGGAUGGCUAUUCGAGUGCUAACGCUACGCUGGCUCGACGGAAAAGGACACUCAUUUUCCACCCUAUCUCGCGAGGGUUUUUCCGCGUGAACAUUAAGGAUGCCGUGGCGGACAACAGCACGAUUUGGGCACACGCCAUCGGUUUCCGUAUGAACAUCGAGUUCUACAAUCCACCGGGGCUGAAGAUCACGCGCCGAGACGUUCACGAUUCGCUGGAGAGCAUGAUCAUGUCCCACGGGUUUGAUGGACGCGCGUGUAUCCUGCGAACGUUCUGCGAGGUGUCGAAGGUGAUGACUCCCAAGAGUGGUAUCCUGUUCAAGCUGUUCAAGCUGAUCUUCCGCUCCCAAGAGGCCGGCUCUGAUGACAGUUCCGUCGGUUCUUCAAACAGUUUGCCCGAGGGCGAUGACGAGUACUUCCCGUAUCUGACGGCUGACGAUUGCCGUGAGCUUGACCGGCAUUGUCCCAUCUCGCAGCUUGAUAUGGCCCAGGUAGAUCCGGAGGUGUCGCAAGCGGCUGACGACGUGAGCAGGUCGGUUCGGUACUAUUGA